UACCAACGCAGAGUAUCGACACCAAAGACCAAGUUGAUUCGCAGAGCUGCAGUCGGACGUUGAAGACCAGCCCAACUCCACAGAGCGACGGCAAUGAUUCUCAAGAAUAUGACCACCGCGGCGGACUCGCUUUUAUGGCUUCUCUUUUACUUCUCCGUCAACCUGACGCUCACGAUCCACAACAAGGCCGUCCUGCAGCUCUAUCGCUUCCCGUUUCCAUGGACACUUACAGCCAUCCACAUCAUGUGCAGCACGCUGGGCUGCUCGGCGUUGUCGGCCUUUGGGGUAUUCCGGCCCGUGGCGUGCAGCCCCAGAGACAUGAUCAAGAUCCUGGGCUUUUCGAUCCUCUACACCGUCAAUAUCGCAGUCUCCAACAUCAGCCUGAGCAUGGUUACCGUCCCGUUUCACCAAGUGGUGCGGUCGAUUGCCCCAAUCGUCACCAUGGUCCUAUCAUCUCUGUUUUGGAGACACUCGCACGGCACCAAGACAUGGAUAUCCGUGCUGCCGACCAUUGUCGGAGUGUCGCUCACGACUUUGGGCGACUACGACUACACUUCGGCCGGCUUGAUCCUGACCAUCUUGGGCACGGUCUUGGCCUCGCUCAAGACAAUCUUGACCAACAAGCUCCAGGUUAGCGACCGGUCUUCCCAAAAGGCCAAGCUCGGUCCUCUAGAUCUGCUCUACAUCAUGUCCCCUCCAGCGCUCGCCCAGACGCUGGUCUAUGUCUAUGCAAGUGGCGAAUUCGCGACCUUGUCCGAGUACUGGGCAGAUCCGGGACUCCGUCGAUCGAGUCUGCUCGGCGCCCUUGUCUUCAACGGAUCGAUUGCCUUUGCCCUCAACUUUGUGAGCUUCACUGCCAACCGGAAGCUAGGGCCCCUCAUGAUGGGUGUUGCUGCAAACAUGAAGCAAGUGCUCUCGGUCGGGCUGGCGGUUGCCGUGUUUGAUUUGCGCAUCGGCGCUAUCAAUGCGUUGGGCAUCGUCCUGACGCUCGCUGGCGGAGCGGUGUGCACCUACGUCGAGCUGGAACGCAAGAAUAUCCUGAGCCGGGGCCAGAAUGAGCCGAUACUCGUCCUUUCGAAGCCGUGACGCUCGGCCUUGGGAUCUUGCGCCAAAUCGGCCGGCGUUACUCCAUCGAACAGGCUACCAUCUCUCUC